AUGUCCGCGUUCGGCAUGCGCCAGCGCCGUGUACGGACGAGGACAGAGGAAGAGAAGGCGACGAGGAAGGAGGGAACCAUGAAGAUGAAGCUGCAUCAAGACUCUUCCUCGCUCCCUGCUCAGUCUGCCAACCUGCAUGCUAAGACUUCCUUCUGUCCUGCAGCCAUGGCCACUAGCCUCGAGACCCCUCCUCCUCAGUCACCAUCGGACGAGCAUGAGAGUGUGGGGGUGAGAGUACCUCAGCAGGAGAUGUCGUAUGAAGAGAAAAGGCGGCAGAACAUCGCAAGGAACAAGGAGCUGAUGCGAGAGCUGGGGCUUCAAGACACCGCGAAGAAACUUGACCAGGGCAAAGAUAAAGCAAGGGUGAAGAAGAAGUCGAAGGACGACGACGAUGAAAGCUUCCAAGAAGACGAUGAUAUGAUGGAGGAGGAGGAGGAGGUGAAUGGCAAAAAGAGCUCUAGAGCAUCAAAGCAAGCAGCAACGAAGAGAGGCAAACUCCAGAUGAUGUUGGCAGGUCAGGCUGCUGAAACCGUUUGUGCAGAUUAUGGGAGAGAGAUUAUUGGAAGGGCGAUCAAGGUCUCAGUGUUCACCGUUGAAACUUCCAAGAAUGAAUGGCAUUAUGCAGAAAUCGUCGGGCACAGAUGGUUGAAGCUCGACGAGGAAGAAUUUCAUUUGUAUGCCAUCGAUGAUGUCCCGUCCUGCGACUCUGGAGAUGAGGAAGAAAAAGAUGACGAAAAUGCUUUGGAUGUGAAGAAGUUGAAGUAUGGAGUUUGUGUUGCAGCAAGCUGCUACGAGGAUGGAAAAAUCAUCACAGAAUAUGCAAGAUUGCUGAAGAAGACAACAGACAAUCAAUGGAAAGUCAACUGGUUUUUCACUUGCGAACAGAUUACAAACGCUGCGAGGGAGAGAUUUACAAAUUUUAUUGAUCCAAAGAAAGAUAUCUUCUUUUCAAUGUGCGAGGAUGAGGUAACACAAACGUGA